CUAAACAGACUUGUACUCGUGUUUCUUUAUUCUUCCUCGUCAACUACAUCAAGACUUUGUUCUUCAUCUUCUUCUCUACUUUCUCGAUCUUCUUUACAGUAACAAGAAUCAGAUCUCUGAUUCUUUAAUUCCUCUCUUUUGAUUACACAGGAACUCGAUUUGAAGCCCCAAUUUCUGAAUUUUAGGGAAAUCAUGAGGAGAUAUAGUCCACAGUAUUAUAGUCCACCAAGGAGAGGCUAUGGCGGUGGUGAUAGGGAUAGGGGAAGAAGUCCUCCACCACCAAGAAGGGGAUAUGGUGGCGGUGGCGGUGGCGGAGGUGGACGCGGUGGUGGAUAUGGUGGAAGGAAGGAUUCUAAUAAUGGGAGUUUAUUGGUUAGAAACAUUCCUAUGAGUUGCAGGCCUGAAGACCUUCGUAUUCCAUUUGAAAGAUUUGGACAAGUGAGGGAUGUAUAUUUGCCUAAAGAUUUUUACUCAGGGGAGCCCCGAGGAUUCGCUUUUGUGCAGUUUGUGGAUCCGUAUGAUGCUGGAGAGGCUCAGUAUCAUAUGAAUGGACAACUUUUCUGUGGCAGAGAGAUAACUGUGGUGGUUGCUGCUGAGACGAGGAAAAGGCCUGAGGAGAUGCGCCACCGAGGCAGGCCUACUAGAGGGCCUUCAGGUUAUGGAGGUGGUGGAAGACGACCUUAUUAUGGGCGUUCCCGUUCUCGUUCUUUGUCUCGUUCACGCUCCCCUCGUUAUCCAUCUGGUUCAAGGGGCAGAUAUCGCUCAAGAUCAAACUCUCCUGCUCCAAGACGGAGAGCUGAUUAUUCUGUUAGUCCAAGGAGAAGGCCAGAGGACCAUUCAAGGUCUCCAUUGCCUGUCUCGCGUGUACAAGACGGUGAUCAUCCACGUAGAAGGUCGUACUCUCCAGGAUAUGUUGAUGCUGACAGGAUUCCAGCUGAUGGAAAGCCUGUAUAUGCUGCUGAUGGAGACGCUCCACGGGCAGAGUGGAGAUCACCUGGUGGUCGUGCCUCAAGAUCACCAUCUGGAUCCCGAUCAAGGUCUGCUGACAUGUCUCCUCGCCGCAGCAGAUAGAUAAAAUACAAGUGCGCCGACAUGGUGAUCCAAGCAGCCAAUAGGGCUCUGUAAUAUUAGAACUUUUGAACUUUUAUUUAGAAGAACUUGGUAAGAUACUUGGUUUAUAUAUUAACUUGCUUGACAGUUUCCUUGGUUCAAUCCUUUAAAAUGCUGGAACAUAGUAUUAUAAUGUUUUUGAUAAAAACUACUGGUGUGCUGUUUUUGCUUGUUAGUUUGUUCUUUAUUUCUACCAUAUGGAACGACUAAAUGGCUGCUUGGGAAGUUAUGUCG